CCGAGUGUGUGUAGUCACAGUCACCGCCCACCACCUGUUCGAACAAAAACCUCCCCUCCGAUGCCGCCGCCGCGCGCAGCGCUUCGCCGUCUUCUCCCCACCGCCGGCAUCCAACCUAUCCGGCGCCGCCCCGCGCCGCCUCCACCAGCCGACCGGAGCCCCCUACCCGACCCCUACGCUCUCCUCGUCCACGACCCCAUCGACCUCCUCUCCUCGCUGUGGCGCCGCGCCUUCGCGCACCCGCCCGGCGCCUCCACCCACCUCCUCCUCCGCUCCCCCGCCGACGCCCCCUCCACCGUCCCCGUCUCCCGCCGCAAGCUCACUGCCCGCCUAGCCAACGCCCCGCCCCCCUUCCAGGACCACGUCGUCCAGGAGCUCCUCCUCCUGCUCCUCGAACCCGUCUUCGAGCCCCGGUUCUCCCCCAAGUCCCACGCCUUCCGCCCUGGACGCGGGCCCCACACUGCCAUCCGCUCCGUUCGCUCCGGCUUUGCCGGCUACCUCUGGUUCAUCACUGCAGACCUCACAACCGUGGUCGACGCCUUAUCGUCAGACACCAUUCUGUCCUGUGUGGAGAAGGCCGUCUCUGAUCGCAAGGUGCUGUCUUUGCUCAAGUCGGCGCUCAACGCCCCAGUCCGGCCCGGGUCUGUGCCUCCAAGGGAGAAGGAUCUCGAUGGGCUAAGCAAGAAGAGGCUGAAAAGGAAGGUGCUCAGGAAGAGCAGGAAGAAGAAGGUGCUUAAUGAGGAUGAGCCAAAGCCAGACCCAUAUUGGCUGAGACUGUUCUUUGGGUUCGCUCCAGAACAGGCGUGUCACGUGCCGGAAUAUGGGCAUUGCGGGAUAAUUAGUCCAUUGCUCGCCAAUGUGUGCCUUAAUGAGUUGGAUUGGUGGAUGGAGGAGAGGAUUAACGAGUACUUCCGCCCGUCAAGGCAUGAUUCGAUAUGGAAGGAGGCGGGCGAUGAGGGAUGUCAUAAUCCAUCUUGGCCUGAGUUUGUUCCGUCAAGUGGGAGGGAGAAGACCAGGAAGAUGGAUUUCCUUAGAUUUGGCUCUCAUGUCUUGAUUGGGGUCCGGGGGCCGAGGGAGGAUGCGGUUGAGAUAAGGAGGCAACUGAUGGAGUUUUGUGAGAGAACAUUUGGUUUGAGGCCAGAGAAUUCGUCGGUGGAGAUUGAGCACAUCACAAGGGGGAUUGAAUUCUUGGAUCAUGUCAUUGCCCGCCGGGUCAUCUACCCGACCUUGCGAUACACCGCCAGUGGAGGGAACAUUGUGAGUGAGAAAGGUAUUGGAACAUUGUUAUCUGUCACAGCAAGCUUGCAGAGGUGCAUAAGGCAUUUCAGAAAGCUUGAGCUUGUAAAGGGGGACAGGGAUCCUGAGCCAUUACCGUGUUCACCAAUGCUCUACUCUGGGCAGGCACACACUAAUUCUCAAAUGAACAAAUUUCUUGAGACCAUGGCUGAUUGGUAUAGGUAUGCGGACAACCGGAAGAAGAUUGUAGGGUUCUGCGCAUAUGUUAUACGGAGCUCUUUGGCAAAGCUUUAUGCGGCAAGGUAUAGACUAAAAUCCCGUGCUAAGGUUUACAAGAUUGCAUCCCGUGAUCUCAGCCGCCCGUUGAGGGAGAGCACAAACAAUGAUGCACCAGAAUACUCUGAUCUCUUGAGGAUGGGAGUUGUUGAUAUUAUUGAGGGUGUACAAUUUGCACGCAUGUCAUCAAUUCCAUCAUGUGAUUAUACAACUUUCCCUAGAAACUGGGUACCUCACCACGAGCUUGUAUUGCAUGAGUAUAUCAAACUGCAAGAUCCAAAGUUCUUCUGCGAACUUCACAAGACAAUCAAACGACGGGAGAUAAGUUCACCACAGGAUGACGUAUCGAAGAUGGUGUGGCAUUAUAAGGUUCAUGGUGUUUAUGAUAAUAACAGGGUCUCAAAGAAAUUAAAUGAAUGGAGGAGUAAUGAUGAAGCUGUCAAUGGGGACACACAACUAUUGUUGGAUAAGUAGUCCUAGAUUCCAUAUCAUUUGUAGAGAUAAUGAUGGGUGAUAGAUCGAUUGCACACAAGCAGAUAUCCUGUUUUGAACAAAACACAGUUUUGGACAAAUAGUCCUAAUUGUGUGUGCAGAAUACUAAUGGUUGAUGUAUCAACGACCUACCAGCUAAAGACCAAGAAAUGUAUCAUUGGGCAAAUAUUUGGAUGUUCAAGAGUACAUGUUUGAACAUGUACUACAAUACUACACCUGAUCUCAAGGUAAACUAUGUGUUGUAACUUUGUGUGUUUGUCCUGACACCAUUAUGAGACAUAUUAUCCCAUUCUUUUUCUGUUU